GUGCGUGAGCCGGAGCGCCAGACUGCGCGGGGUCGCGCCGAGGCUCGAGCGGCCGUCGCCAUUUUGUGGGGUUCUCUCUGACGCGGGAGGCGCCGCUGCCGCCACCGCCCCCCCGGAGGCUCUUGUCAGGAUGGUGAAGCUGUUCAUCGGCAACCUGCCCCGGGAGGCCACCGAGCAGGAGAUCCGCGCCCUGUUCGAGCAGUACGGGAAGGUGCUGGAAUGUGACAUCAUCAAGAACUACGGCUUCGUGCACAUCGAGGACAAGACGGCGGCCGAGGACGCCAUCCGCAACCUGCACCACUACAAGCUGCACGGCGUCAACAUCAACGUGGAGGCCAGCAAGAACAAGAGCAAGACCUCCACCAAGCUGCACGUGGGCAACAUCAGCCCCACCUGCACCAACAAGGAGCUGCGCGCCAAGUUCGAGGAGUACGGGCCGGUCAUCGAGUGCGACAUCGUCAAAGACUACGCCUUCGUGCACAUGGAGCGCGCCGAGGACGCGGUGGAGGCCAUCCGGGGCCUCGACAACACCGAGUUUCAAGGCAAACGAAUGCACGUGCAGUUGUCCACCAGCCGGCUUAGGACUGCGCCCGGGAUGGGAGACCAGAGCGGCUGCUAUCGGUGCGGGAAAGAGGGGCACUGGUCCAAAGAGUGUCCGGUAGAUCGUUCGGGCCGAGUGGCCGACUUUACCGAGCAAUAUAACGAGCAGUAUGGAGCGGUGCGCACGCCUUACAGCAUGGGCUUUGGGGAAUCCAUGUAUUACGACGACGCGUACGGAGCGCUCGACUACUACAAGCGCUACCGGGUGCGCUCCUACGAAGCAGUGGCAGCGGCGGCGGCGGCUUCUGCGUACAACUACACAGAGCAGACGGGCUCCCAUCUGCCUCAGGUCCAGAACUCAGCUACCACCGGUCACCUCGGCUCCGCCUCAGUGGAUCCCUACGACAGGCACCUGCUGCCGAGCUCAGGUUCAGCUGCCACCCCAGCUAUGGUGGCUGCGGCGGCGGCGGCAGCUGCCGCCGCCACCACUUAUUCCUAUUACGGAAGGGACAGGAGCCCCCUGCGCUGCGCUGCGGCCGUGCUCCCCACAGUUGGCGAGGGCUACGGCUAUGGGCCAGAGAGUGAGCUGUCCCAGGCUUCUGCAGCCGCACGGAAUUCCCUGUACGACAUGGCCCGGUAUGAACGGGAGCAGUAUGCGGACCGAGCGCGGUACUCAGCCUUUUAAAAACUAGAGGCUGGGACCCCGUGCUCCGACCAAGCUGCUCGCCAGGCCUCUUGUAAGCCUCUUGUGUUGUGCUCUUUCAGGUAGGGUAAUUGCGGACUGAACCCUCAGGCUGCGGUCACUCAUGAGAACCUGCACAGCGCGGUCCCCACUGCUUCAUGUUUCAGUAAACAAAGGAAUUUGUGACCAACUAUGUUCUCUUUCUUAAUUUAAUACUUAAGAGUCGACUUUUCUUUCCUCCUAAUUAACUAGUCUCUGGAUUUUCACGGCUGCCCCUUUUCUCAGCCUUUGCGCAGCUGGAGGCAAGCACGUGCAGGGGCCCCUCCUUCCUGUCCUGGAGACCUCCUUACCUUGCUUUCCGUGGGAGUCGCGCCCUUCUGUCUUAUCCACAACGUCUUCUUUCUUUAAAAUGACUGUUCUUACUCCCGUUAGCUCUGCACUGACACUAAGGUUAGGACCAAUGGGGGUUUGGUGGGGCUUUUUAGUUGGUGGUGGUUUCGUUUUGCUUGAAUGUCUGACUGUGGGUAUGGUACAGCGUUAGCUGGAAUUUAGCCUUUAUUCUAGCCCUCCGACCUUUUUGAAAAUUAUUUUGACAAAUAAAUGUUUUAACAC